GGAAACCAUCUCGGUGCAUCUGAUUGAUUAAAGUGUUAUCAAGACAUCAGCUGAUGAAUUGUGAUGAUUUGAACUGCAAACAGGGGCGGUGAUAAAGCUAUGGUCGGGUUCUAUUGCUUUCAGUAUUCAUAUUUGUCCGCACUUGAAUGAGUGUAAAAAAAGUGUAAAAAAAACCAGUGCGUUCGUGUUUUGGAGACGAUCUCGUUGAUUUCGUGGUAGGUGCAGUUUCGCAUACGAAAAGUGUAGUGCCGUGCGUAGGAGACACCAAAACGACAUGGCUGUGUCUAAGUUUAGUGACGUGGAUGAAUAUGGCUUCAAACGGGAGGCAGAUUUCGACUACCAGUCGUAUGAAAACAUCAUGUCCAGCUACCUUUCCGUGCUUACAACACGCAGCAUGCGCUGGCAAAAGUUUCUCCAGAGUGCGGACAUGCUAAAGAAUCGGUCCAAAUUAAAGCGCUUCGUGCGCAAGGGCGUUCCGGGAUCGCUCCGCGAAGAGGUGUGGAUGAAAACGUCCGGUGCAAAAGACCUACAGCAAAAGGAACCAAAUCUUUACCAGACGCUACUUACAUACGAAUUCGAUCAGGAGAUAUCGGAUCAAAUUAAACUCGAUCUUCCAAGAACGUUUCCGGACAAUAUCCAUUUUGAGCAGUAUCAGGUAAGCUUGUACAACGUUCUGAUUGCGUUUGCUCACCACAAUCGAACUGUCGGCUACUGUCAGGGGCUAAACUAUAUUGCUGGUUUAUUGUUGCUAGUGACUAAGAAUGAAGUAUCCUCGUUCUGGCUACUAAAAGUGGUUGUUGAGAACAUCGUACCGCUAUAUCAUACAAAAACAAUGGAUAACCUCAUUACCGAUAUUGAAGUGCUGAGCGAACUAAUCCGGCUGCGGGCACCUGACGUCCAUCGGCACAUCUUUGACUUGGGAUUACCCUGGCCAGUGAUAGCAACCAAAUGGUUCAUCUGCCUGUACGCCGAGGUAGUACCGACCGAGACCGUACUCCGGAUAUGGGACUGUCUGUUUCUCGAGGGCAACAAAAUAUUGCUCCGCGUGGGCCUAACGAUCGUUGUGCGCUUACGGCAGGAUCUGUUGGCGACUGACGACAUCUCAACGCUGAUCGGGCUGUUUCGUUCGUUGGAAAAAUCGUACGUACUCAUGGACUGUCAUGAGUUCAUGAAGAGCAUCUUUAAGGUGCCGGGUAAUUUACGCCGCUCCCAGCUGGAUGCUCUACGGCAGCGGUUCUAUACCGAACGGAUGGCCAACAAGAGCAAAGGUUCCUAGGGGUUGGAGAGCUAUAUUCAGAAGAGAUACAGACUGAAUAUAGUGUAGACCACAAAGUGCAGGCACGUGCGGCCCGUGAACCUACUUUUAUAAGGGUGCUGUGGGGCGAAGUUUAAGCGCUCAUAUACUAUUUUUACAACACGGACAACUGUUGAGGGGCAUGUUAACAUUUUUCCCGCGAAAAACUAUUAUUAUUGUAGACACUACCAACGUACGCUUUAAAAACAAAGUGACAAUUUUCUUUAUAAUUCAUCCACACGAUUAGUCAUGGUGCGCUAUUGUUUGUACAGAACACGGGAUACACAUUAUUUUAUUUUAUUAUUCUCAUUAAUGUUUUCUCAUAAAAAUAUGGUUAGAACGACUAUUUGCGAUCCAUUUAACGCAUUUAGCUGAAGCCAAAUAUUCGCCAAUUUCAUUUCAUUUAAUUUCCGUUGCUGUUUAUGAUCUGGGUUACACUUGAAAGGAAUUUCUGUUAGUCACAUCAUGUACCAUUUGGUUCGCAAUCAUUAAAUUAUACUCCGAUACUCAAACAAAACUACAUAAUCUUUGAUCAAAUCUUGUAAUACCUGUAGAAUAGUUGUUUACCAAAAACCCAUUUCGGCAUAAGAAAGAGUACCUUAUUAUACGCUACCACGAAGCUAUUAAAGAAUUGUAGCUAUCGCCCGUAUGCAUUCAUAUGCAAAACUGCCAGAUAGUAGAAUAGCUCAAACGUUUACGCGGUAAACAGUAAAAUGAACAAUAAUAUCAUGGUGCAGCUUAUAUCAUAUUUUCUGCGUUAAAAACAUGCAUUAACAUUGAUAAUAAAUAUUGAAUUUUACGUAAACUCA